AUAGAUGUAAGAAUCGUUACCAAAUCCUUUUUUUCAUAAGAAACUAGAAAAAGACUUCUGAAUUUUUAUCUGCGAAACGAGCAUUCUCAAAACUGAAUGUCAUAUUUCUAGCGUUUGCUCUCACGAGAGACGAGAUCCCUUCGAUAACGAUGAUUUCUUCUCUUUUUCGUUCAUAGUAGUAAUUCCCAAUAUUCCAGUUGAUACUCGAUGGGCACAGAAUGGAGUGACUGUUGCUGGAGGCAAUGGAGAAGGCAGUGCCACCAAUCAACUCUACUACCCUUGGGGUCUCUUCAUUGAUGAUGAUCAAACGAUAGUCAUUGCUGACUACUGGAAUCAUCGUAUCAUUCGAUGGAAGAUGGGUGAUAAGAAUGGACAAGUAGUAGCUGGUGGUAAUGGCCAAGGAAAUCGAUGGGACCAAUUGGAUCGACCAACCGAUGUACUGAUUGACAAAGAGACGGAUAGUCUCAUUAUUUGUGAUUGGGGGAAUCGACGAGUCGUACGAUGGUCUCGUCGUAGUGGUACAACUCAAGGAGAAAUCCUCAUCGACAACAUCUGGUGUUAUGGAUUGGCCAUGGAUGAUCAGAGAUAUCUCUACAUCUCUGACUACGGCAAACAUGAAGUAAGACGAUAUCAAAUAGGAGAUAAGAAUGGAACUCUUGUAGCUGGUGGCAAUCGCAGAGGUGCUGGUCUCAAUCAACUCAACUGUCCGACCUACAUCGUUGUCGAUCAACAACAGACUGUCUACGUGUCAGAUUGGAACAAUAAUCGUGUAAUGAAAUGGAAUAAAGGUGCAAAAGAAGGAAUUGUCGUCGCUGGAGGUCAAGGACAAAGGAAUGCUCUGACACAAUUGUCGUCUCCUCACGGACUAUUCGUCGAUACAUUGGGUACCAUCUAUGUGGCAGACUAUGGGAAUCAUCGAGUGAUGCGUUGGCCUAAAGGAGCGAAACAGGGCACUGUCAUUGUGGGCGGAAAUGGUAAAGGAGCCGGAGCAAAUCAGUUCAACUGUCCCUUUGGUUUGUCCUUCGAUCGACAUGGUAAUCUCUAUGUCGCCGAUGAAGAUAAUCAUCGUGUUCAACGCUUUUCAAUCGAAUAG